CUUUUAUCAGAAAUCCCAAAAACUCCUACUUUUAUCAGAACAUCCAAUGCUGAUACUUGAUUUUUUUUCAGAACCCCAAACUUAUACUGUUUUUGGCAGAGCUUCAAUAGAAUCCUAAAUCCUAAUACUCCAUUUUAUCAGAACUCAAAAAAUGCCGAUACUCCAUUUUAAUUCUAUCUAUUUAUCUUGCUUUUCUUUCUUUCUUUCUUUUUUCAGAGUGUUGGUGCGCGAAUCGAGUUCGGGCGGGCUAGUGCGGGCGGUGUUGGAGAUCAGGGCGGUGACGGCGGCUGAUGCGGGAGAAUACACGUGCCGGGCGACGAACCCCCACGGACACCACGCCCAGAUGUAUGAAAUAGCCAUCAUAGAGCCUCCUACGGCGCCCUCGGGAGUGUCAGUGACGGACGUGACAAGCCGCUCAGCAAGGAUAUCCUGGUCUCUGCCUCAGCCAGCUGCCGUCACCAUACAGUAUCGAGCCGCGGAGGAGGAAUCGUGGGCGGUGCAUGGGCGUAACGUCAGCGUGGGCCAGUGGGCGUCUUCGCAUGUCCUCUCCGGCCUCACGCCCUACCAGGCCUACGCCGUCAGGCUGAUGGCGCACAACGACCUGGGGGUGUCGCAGCCUUCACACAUGCACGUCUUCACCACGCUGGAGGAAGCUCCGUCGGGGGCACCACGAGAUGUGAGGUUGGCUGCAGGAGGACCUCGAUCCCUGAUAGUGACCUGGCGCCCCCCGUCGCCCAACCUCCUGCACGGCACCCUCAGGGGCUACACCAUCGCCAUCCGCCGCCAGAACCUGCAGGGCCACCUCACCUUCAUCACCAGGCCUGCCUCGGUGCCGAAAGACGCCGACGGCUUCGAGCAGUACCAGGUGCGGGGGCUGAUCCCGGCCACCCUGUACGAGGUCGCCGUGCGGGCCUUCACGCGCGCGGGUCCGGGGCCGCUGUCCACGCCCAGGAUCGUGGAUUCGACGAGCCAUGACGCGCCCUCCUGUCCUCCUGCUGGAGUGUCCUGCCGAGGGUCUGGGCGUGGAGUGGUGAGGGUGUGGUGGUCGCAGCCGCCCACGCACUGCAGCCAGACUCCUGUUGCUGGCUAUACGAUCGUCGCGACGCCCACCACGCACACGCACCACCCUUCAGACAGCACAAAAUGGGAAGUCAACACAACCAACCUGGAAAAGAACCUAGACUCGCUCCCGCCAGCCACCAACAUCAGCGUGCGGGUCAAGGCCUUCAAUAACGUUGGCUAUAGUCCCUCCAACAAACCCGUUUUCUGCGUCACGGAAGAUGAUAUACCAGGCGCCCCUGGAAAGGUGCAGGUGACGGUGACUGGCCCGAGGAAGGUGCUGGUAACAUGGGUUCCGCCUCAGCCUCCUACAGGGAACAUCCUUCAUUAUACGUUAUACUCUGUCAAGGACGACCAGGUGAGGGAUCGUGACGUCGUGGGCGCAGCUGGCUCGGAGUCCACGUGGAGGGAGCUCAGGGACCUUGCCCCUUCCUCAAGAAUCGAGGUGUGGGUGACAGCCACCACGGCCGCCGGCGAAGGUAACCCGUCACCUCGACUCACAGCUUUGCUCAAGCCCACAGCGACACACGCACCCGUAGCUCUGGGAGGCGGACGGACCUGGCGUGUGGGCGCAGGGGCGGGCGUUACCCUAGGCUGCCGUGGGCGAGGAAAGCCCGCGCCCUCCAUCGUGUGGUCGCGAGGAGGCCAGACCAUCACCUCCGGCCAGUUCACGCAACUGCUGCCUGGCGGGGACCUGCAUCUGACGGGUGUGCGGGAGACAGCCAACUACACCUGCAAAGUGAGCAACACGAUGGGCGUGGACAGCCUCACGCAUCACGUGAUCGUCGUCACGAUGCCCCCGCCGCCCACUCUCUCCCUCGCUUACGCCACCCACGAUGCCCUGAACCUGACCAUCGUGCCCACGGGAGACGGCGGAGCGCCCAUCCUAGGUUACACUGUGCACCACCGUGGGCGCGCGGGCGAGUGGGUGGAAACGGAGGUGGAUCCGGGCGUGGAGAGCGCGGCGGUGCGCGGCCUGCCCUGCGGGGCGCCGCACCACUUGUACCUGACGGCGUGGAACAGCCACGGCACCAGCCCGCCCAGCCCCGUGCUGGAGGUCAGCACGCACGGCGCUCCUCCCGGACGCCCUAACCCGGCGAAGAUCGUGGAGGUGAAUGCGACCUGCGUCACGUUACGUCUGUACGCCUGGCCCGAGUCCGGCUGCCCCGUCACGCACUGGAAGGUGGAGCAAGGGAGCGAAGACCCCGCCGUUUUGUGGACGCCCUUACACGCCCACGUGACCAGAGACAUGACUGACCUUGGCUUGUGUGACCUGACCUCUGCGUCGAGGCACCUCCUUCGCCUCACGGCCUCUUCCACUGCCGGAGACACGACCGUGGUUUAUCGCGUCACCACGAGAGAUCACACAGGAGGGUCCAUCGCAGCCGAGUCGGUGCAGGAGGUGCAAGUGAGCGGGCCUCCGGGCGUGGGCGGCUGGCUCGACGCCCACGUGGUCGCGGGGGUAGUGAGCGCCCUCUUGUUGGCCGCCGCCCUCAUCAUCUGCGUCUGCGUCGCCGUCAGGAGAAGGAGGUAUGGAGGUUACAG